AUGGCACCUCCCCGCCAGCGUGCACGUACACCGGAAACCCCGACGAACGAACAGCUUGCCCAGAAUCUGCAACAGCUUACGCAGACUAUGCAGACCCUCAGCGAGGCGUUGUUGUACAACAACCAUCCCGUACCUCCUCCUCAGCCUGUCGGGCAUAGGGAUUCAGAGCGCCUUGUGUCAGGCCAUAGACCUCCGACGUUCGCCGGCGAGGAAGACCCCGUUGUUCUUGAAGAGUGGGUUAGGACAUUUUACAAGAUCUUUUCGGUUGUUGGGUGCCCAGAGGAGCGGCGAGUGGAGCUAGCUAUGUUCUACUUCAGCCACGAGGCCGACUUGUGGUGGGAACACGAGGGCCCAGCUUGCCUCGAGGAGCGUGACUUUGACUGGAUGGCCUUGAAGGACCGGAUGCGUGAGCGGUUCUAUCCGGCGCAUGUUCGAGCCGCGAUGUAUGAGGAGUUCCUGCACCUUCAACAAGGUUCUUCAUCGGUGGUUGAGUACCACAAGAAGUUUCUAGAGCUUGCUCGCUCCGCCAGGAUGCUUGUCCCUACCGAGCUCGCCAAAGCUGAGAAAUUCGUAGCAGGUUUGAAAUACGAGACACGAAAAGCCUUAACCGUGAGUAGGUCAAGUUCUUUGAAGGAAGCAUACGUAGGUGCCGCGGACUUGUAUCGGGUGCAGCAGCUACAGCGUGGAUCUUAUGAACGCGCCUCCCCCAUCUCAAGGACCAACUCGAGCGGAGCCAGGGAGCCAAGCCAGGACGUUCCCGUGCCGUAG